AUGGCGGCAAUUUCUGGUGGCGGCCCGCUAAGGCGCAGCGGCCGUCUGAAGGUGCUUUCUCCAAGUAAUAACGGCAACAGCGAGGCCGGAGUCUCGGCGCAGGCGGCGUCUGAUUCCGCAGGCCGAAUCGUGUCUGGUAAUGCGCGUUUGUCAAAGGCGGAGACCAGGGAAACGAGAUAUGCGAGAAGGAACCGAGCCAGCGAAGCUGAAGACUCCAGUCUUAAUGAAAGUGCGAGAGAUGGACACGUCAGAGAGGUGAAGCCCCCCACCAAAAGCGGAGACCCCAACCCUGCACAGUCUGGGACCCCCACUAAGAACAAAGUUCUCAGCCCUUCAAGGUUUGGGACCCCCACUAAGAACAAAGCCUUAAGCCCUAGAAAUGUUGGGACUCCCACAAAAGGCAAAGGUUCCAACCUCAGAAUGGCUGAGACCCAAACUAAAAGCAAAGGCCCCAGUCCUAGAAAGGUGGGGAUUCCCAAUGAGCAUGAAAGGGCCAGCCCCAUAAAGUCUGGGGCCUCCAGAAUUAGCAAAGCCCAUAGCCCUAUUAAAGACAAAGGGCUGAGCCCAGUAAGGGAUGGGUCACCCAAUAAUGCCCCAAGAUCUGUAAACAGUAAAAACAAGGCCCCGAGUCCUACCAAUGUACAGUCCCCCAUCAAAGGCAAUGCACCCAGCCCUAUAAAGUCUCCCAUGAAUGAGAAUCUGCAGAGUCCUGCAAAAGCAUCAAGUCCUCUGAAAGCAGGGUCCCCUGUUAAAGGCAAAGCAUCAACUCCUCUGAAAGCAGGGACCCCUGUUAAAGGCAAAGCAUCAAGUCCUCUGAAAGCAGGGACCCCUAUUAAAGGCAAAGCAUCAACUCCUUUGAAAGCAGGGUCCCCUGUUAAAGGCAAAGCAUCAACUCCUCUGAAAGCAGUGUCCCCUUUUAAAGACAAAGCAUCAAGUCCAUUAAAAGCAGGGUCCCCUGUUAAAGGCCAAGUAUUGAGCCCUUUGAAAGCAGGCUCCCCAUGUAAAACUAGCCCUAUGAAUGCAAAGUGUACUAGUAAAAGGAAAGCACAGAGUCCUUCAAGAGGAGCAUCCGAUAGUAAAAAGAAAGUAUUGAGCCCUGAAGAGGAAGAGCCUUUCAGUAAAGAAAAAACAUCAACCCGUAUAAAUCUUGGGAAAGGAACACUACCGAGCCCUGUCAAGUCCGGAUUCACCAAUAAAAGGAAAGCUGCAAGUCUUACAGAUAAUGGAUCUCCAAGUAAAAGGAAAGCACCCAGUCCUGCAGAGACAGGGUGUGUAGGUCUAAGCAAAGUAGCAACCGCCACAGGAAUAGGACUAGAUUCUGGGACCAAACUGCAAAACCAUAUAGAGGCUGGGCCUGUUACUGAGGCUAAAGCACAAUGCAUUGCAGAGGUUUAUUCAUCAAAAGAUCAUAUGGGAUUUCAAGAGGCGUCCACUAAGCAUGGGGCCCAAAGCCCUGGGAAGCAGAGACUGUCAAAUAAUGUCCAAGACCUAUUUGGCAUUGAACAUUCUGAUGGUCAAAAAGUCCAAGUCCCGAAUGAGGGGAGAAUCCAUGGCUUCAGUGAAUCUGAUCCAUCCAGCAAGUGUGAGUCUGGCCUGUCAGUCAGUAGCAGAGUCAAAGACUCUAGUGAAUCUGGUCCAUCCAAGGAAAGUAGAGCCCAAGACCCAAGUGAAUUAGGCCUGUCCAGGGAAACCAGGAGCGGUGUACAUGGGACCCCGAGUUCUGUCAGAGACCCCAGAAUACGGUGCUGUUCUAAACAGAUAGUACAGGAGGUGCUGGCAAAGUGCAAUGAAUUCAGCAAAGAAGUAAUGGAAAGCCAGCAACAUGUGAGCUUGGAAAGAAGAGAACAGGAUCUGAGAAAUUGCAUUUGGGAUUUUGAAAAAGCUUUUCAGGAGAAUAUCACUAUCAACGGGGAGGCGUGGCAUGAGGCUCCAGAAACCCAGAAUGAACCAGAUAUUAAAAUCUUGGAGGAUAAACUCGAUGAUGCAAUAGUGGACACAGCGAUGAAGAGGAAGAGAUACCCUAGAAAAAUCUUGAGCCAUGUUGUUAAAAUGCUGAAGACAGAAAGAGAAAUCCUGGCCCAGACCAAACCUGCUGUGCAGCCAGAAGAAAUAAAGUUUGAUUCACAACAAGCCUCCCGCAUGGUGGACCUGACUACAGUAACCACCAAUUUAUCAAAGCACAUCAGUGAAACAAUGAAGGCUUUGCCAGCCCAGAUUGAAAAGGCCAAAGGGUUCUCCCAUGUGCUUAGCCUUCAACCCAUCUUGGAGAACUCCCGAACCCGCAAAGAAAUCUUCUGCACUCAAGUCAAACUGGUAGACCUGGCAAAGAAACUCCCACGGCCGCUAGAAACCACUCCAAGAGAUACAGAAGCCAAGAUGAAUGUCAGCCCUGUGCUUAGCCGGAGAAGGCAAACUUCUCAAUCUCCUAAUAAGAAGCUCUACCCACUGCGUUCCAAAAGGAAAAUCAGCCUGUCUUCAUGAUCCAUGUAACCCUCCUAUAAUAACUGACAGUUGUGCUGAAUUUUAUGCUUCCUGCAGAUUGUGUAUAUUUCUGCUCAGAUAUUGCAGUUUUAUUUUAUGUACGUCCAGCACUUGUGUUCUGUUGUAUAUCAGUGCUUUGCUGUUCUAGCAGAUGUUAUGUGGGGUUGGCUACCUUUUAACAUGCAGGGGCUUAUUAACAUAGAUGUUAUCCUGUGCAGUUACUCAUAGCAACCAGGCUUUCUAACUAAUUGCUGAUUGUUGCCGUGGUUGAUUGCACUGGUGCUAUUUUAAGAUCUAUCAGCCCCACAGCAUCCGACUUGCAUUUUAUCUUGUAGGCUACAGUCAUAGACGUCCUAGAACAGCCGAUGCCUCGUGUCUUCCUUGUGUGGGUGAUGUUUAGGGACCUUGUCCUAUUAAAGGGCACACCAGCCGUCGCUGGCAAAGUUUAUCUAAGAAAAUAUUCGCUAGUCUGAUGCAAACCAUAUCCGUUUCUGUUUUCAGGUAUUUCCAUUUUAUUUUCUAUGUGGAAGGGGGAAGGAUAGAAUCGUUAGCUGUAUUUAAAAAGGUCAAUCAAAAGGCCCUAUACCAUUAAUACAUUCAACUGCCUCUCUCCAUGUACGCACAAGAUGUUAGUCAUCAAAAAGUAGGGAUGCACCGAAUCUACUAUUUGGGAUUCAGCCGAAUCCUUGGUGAAAGAUUUGAAUACCAAUCCUAAUUUGCAUAUGCAAAUUAGGAUUUGGAUUCAGUUCGGCUGGGAAGAAGGAUUCGGCCGAAUCCUGCUGAAAAAGGCCGAAUCCCGAACUGAAUCAUGGAUUCGGUGCAUCCCUAUAUACAAUUAAUACAUUCAACUGCCUCCCUCCAAGUAUGCACAAGAUGUUAGUCAUCAAAAAGUAGGGUUGCAACGAAUCCACUAUUUGGGAUUCAGCCGAAUCCUUGGUGAAAGAUUCAGCCUGAAUACCGAACCAAAUCCUAAUUUGUAUAUGCAAAUUAGGUCAGGAAAGGAAAAAGUGGAAACAAUUCUUUUGUGACAAAAAUCACGUAAUUUCCCUACCCGUCCCUUAUUUACAUAAUGCAGAUUUGGUUCGGCCAGGCACAAGGAUUCGGCCGAAUAGGAAUCCUGCUGAAAAAUGCAGAAUGCUGGCCGAUUCCCGAACCGAAUCGGAGCAUCCCUAUCAAAAAGACCUUUGUUCACGUCUGUGUGUCUUUCAGUAUUGUGUUGUUGAGGAUUCUGGGAGUGGUGCUGAGUGGCCAUCACCCUACUAGCAAAAUACUUCCUUGCACAGCUGCAGGUUUCAUGGCUGCCUGCUAGUUUGAGAGCAUUUGGGGUAAUGUUGAACUAUUGCUUCAUGGGACAUUCUGUGUAUCACUUCCCUUUGUGUACAGUGCAAGUUGUCAUUCCAAAUGUGCUGUUACUGGACAGUGAUCCAUGGCCAUGGCCUAGUGCUCUACUCACCAUUGAGUGCGUCUUCUCUUACAAUGUAAGGGGAAAUAUCCUCCUUUUGUAUUUUUUUUUUUUUUUUUUUUUAAAUGCACAUUUAUGACCUGUCCAGACUACAAGACAAUGAAUUAAGCUCCCUAAACUGUUGCCAAAAGAGCUUUGUAAAAAAAAAAAAAAAAAAGGAUCCUUUGUAAAUUGCAUAAGUGUACUAUAUCUUCCAGCUGUAUAUUUGUAAAUAUACAUAUUUUUAAAUUAAAGAAAUAAAACUAACCACAAGUUGGGCUA